AUGGGGGGUGGAGUAGGAGGGGGUGGGUUGGUUAUGGGGGGAGGGGAGGGAAUUGUAAUGGGGGGGAGAGGGUGGGGGGGAAGUGAUGGUAAGGAGUGGUUGUUGAGUAAGGAAGGUGGGGGAAAUAGGUGGGGAGAGAUUGGGGGGAGUAUGAGUGAUGGUUGGGAAGUGGGGAAUAAGGGUGGGUUGAAGGAGAUGAAGUGGGUAUGGGAUGGGGAGGGGGGGGGGAUGGAUGAUGGGGGGGGUGGGGGGGAUAGGGGGGUUGAGGGGUGGGGGGGGGUGAGGAAGGUGAUGGGUGGGGGUUUGUGGGGUUUUGGUAUAGUGUGGGAGAGGGGGUUUGGAUUUGGGGGGUGUGAUGGAAGGGGAGUGUUCGUUUCGGGUAGUGUGUUGGGCUUGUGCUGUGGUGCACUGGGGUGGGGGUUUGGGGAUAUCGCGCCCUAA